AUGUAUGACGCCGUCAAAAAAGAAUUUCAGUUCAUGAUGGACCAAGGCAUAUGCCGACCAUCAAAAUCACCUUGGUCAUCUCCCCUUCAUGUCGUUACCAAAAGCUCAGGCAGCAUUCGCCCUGUUGGUGACUAUAGGAGAUUGAAUGCCUACCAAUCACAGAGGUUCGAAAAUGUGCACCUGGACCUUGUAGGCCCUCUACCUCCUUCUCAAGGAAACUAUUACUGUUUAACAAUGAUAGAUAGUUUCACGAGAUGGCCAGAAGCCAUGCCAAUUCCAGACAUGACAGCACAGACAGUAGCACAAAAAUUUUUUGAGCACUGGAUAGCCAGAUUUGGUUGUCCUGUAAGAAUUACUACUGACCAAGGCAGACAGUUUGAGAGCCAAUGGCCUGAUCGAAGAGUUCCACCGCCCAUUAAAGACAGCUUUGAAAGCCUACAACACAGAUCAGUGGUCUGCGCACUGCCCACCUUGUUACUCGGAUUCCGGUCCGUCUUCAAAGAGGAUCUACAAGCGACAACUGCAGAGCUGGUAUAUGGCAAGUCUCUGCGACUACCAGGAGAAUUUUUCGAUCCAACACCUGGAGACGCAUCACCCAAGCAGCUCGUGGAUGACUUAAAACGCCAUUUUGCAAUGAUGAGACCAGUUCCAACAUCCUGUCAUGGACAAAGAACAAUCUUUGUGCAUCCUCACCUCAACGUGUGUUCACAUGUAUUUGUGAGACAUGACGGUGUACGCAAACCCCUACAAGCAUCAUAUGAUGGACCCUACAAAGUUCUUGUCAGGCGACAGAAAACUUUCGAUCUCGAGAUCAGGGGAACUUCCCAUACUAUUUCUAUAGACCGUCUGAAACCUGCUUUUAUUAUUCCUCCUGAGUGUUCCAGUAUACCACCGGCCAAGCAAGAAGCAAGUUCCACUACUAAGUGUACCAAAACACUUCCAGCUGAGACAUCCAUCGUCGUUCCAGCAAGGCAAACAACUCGCUCAGGGCGACAAGUUCGACCCCCACGUCGUUAUGUCCAUUUCCAAUGA